UCACUCUCUCGCUCUAAGUUUCCUCAUCAAACUCGCUCAAUCUCUCUCUCUCUCUCUCUGAUUAUCGAGCAUCGCAGACGCUAGCCCUGAGAAGCUUAAUUUCUGGGAAACUUCUUCUCCAUUGUUUCAAGUGGCACCCAUCACCAGCAGUCCCACAGUCCCAAGCCUUGUCGCCGGUCGCCUCCACUGCCCACCAGCCUUCGUGAUUAUGACUUUAUAUUGGAGGGAGAUAUUGCAAUUUGUGGAAACGUAGUGAAGGGCAAGGUCAUGACAGAAGUAAGGCAGGCAAUGGAAGUUAAAGAGGGGCAUAGGAAGAGGAAAGUAGGAAACAAGAAAGCUAAAAAUGCAAAGAGAAAACAAAAAAUGAUGCCUCAAGGUGUUCAAAAGAAGGUGAAUAUUGACAAAAGAAUGAAAAAAUUGUUUCAGAAAAGAGCGAGGGAGUACAACUCAGAUGAUGAUGAUGUGGAGGACGAGGAGAAGCUUGAGCAGUCUGUACCUUCGACUCGAGAUAAGUUUAAGAAAGAUGAAUUCGAAAAGGAGUUUUCUGAUGAUGACGAUGGAGUGGAGGAUAAUUGGGAUGAAGAAAAUGAUGUUUCAGAAGAUGAAGAUGGGAAAAUUCAGCCAGGAACCAUGAAGUUUUCAGAGGGUAUCAAAGCAUUUAAUGUCGCAUUCAAGAAAAUCUUAAAAAAGACUGCUUCCGGUGAUGUAUUGGGCCCUGUAUUAUCUGCCCAUAAGAAGCUUCUAGCAGAGAAGCUUGUCGAAGAAGAAUUAGAGCGGAAGGAUAAGGGGGAGGCAAAGAAGGAGAAGCGCUCGGUCCAAGAGAAGGGUCAUGUGAAGCCUGCCAACUAUUUGGACUCUCAUGAGAAGUAUCUAUUAGGAAUUGCAACUAAAGGAGUGGUCAAGUUAUUUAAUGCUGUAAACAAGGCCCAGAAUGCUCAGAAAGGAUUAAAUCCUUCAAGGUCAAAAGAUGAAAAAGUUAUAAAGAAGCGGAGGAAGGAAGCCUUCUUUACAGAGUUAGGCAAGGCAGCUUCCCAAUCUGCUGGGACUGUUGCUAAGGUCGGCACAUCUAGUAGCUCAGUGGAUGGUGAAGGACCUGCAUGGGCCCCUUUGCGUGAUAAUUACAUGUUAACAAAUUCCAAGUUGAAAGAUUGGGAUAAAAUGCAGGACACGACGACAGGAGAUGACUUUAGGAGGCCAUCAGACUCAGGUUCAUCAUCAGAUGAUGAAUAGUCUUGAAAAUUGAGAUACUAACUGGAUUGGUUGGAGCUGGAAAUGAAACUUUCGAGAUAAUUAAAAGAACCUAUGAUCUGUUUCCCGAUGACCUGUAGGGGAGAAAAACUAAGCUAUUUUCUGUAAUGUUCCCAUCACAAGAUUGAUUGGUUUAGCUGACAGCAGGGGGUGUGUUACAGAAAAACAUUUUUCUUUUUAUUUUUUUCUAUGUAUUGCAUAUAGUCAGCUAAAUCAUUCCAAGUCUUUGAAAGUUAUGUUCUUUUUAUAGCCAACAAGAUAUAAAGAAAUGAAUGUGUGUUGGGUGUGCUAAUUUCCUGAUGGUAUGUAUAGAGGUAGAGCAAAAGUGGCUUUUCAAGCACAUGAUCUCCCGUCCUAACAACUGCACUUCUCCGUUCCCUAACCUUGAAUGCAAGUGCUUUUAUCA